GUUAUGAUGUGCCCUUCGCCGUAGCGACCUCGCUGAAUAUCCAGUGCAACUGACGCAAUUCAAAGUUGAUGAGAAAAAAUCAGAAAAGUCGUGUGAUUUAGAGGGAAAAUGUUGUUUUAGUGCUGAUAGGGACGAAAUGUCCAAGUUUGGAAGAUUCGGACCACUCCUGGGCACCAUCUACGUGGGCAAUACACUCAGUAAAUUCUUGAUCUAUGCUGCGAGGAAUGCUGAGAUUCUUACAUGUCAUGAGGUGUCCCUGAAGCAGUUGAGUCCCAAACCCGGAUGGAUUGAGUAUGAUCCUGUGGAUGUUUGGAAGACAAUUAUUGAAUGCAUUGAAGUGUGUAUAAGAAAUCUCGUGCUCCUGGAUAUCAAUCCGCAGGAUAUCAUUGCUGUAGGACUGACAAAUCAACGUGAGACUGUGGUGGUGUGGUCUGUGGAGUCUGGGGAGGUUCUCCAUAAUGCGAUAGCGUGGAAUGAUAUCCGAUGCGUGGAGACUGUUCAGCAAUUGCUGAGGAAGGCUAAGAAUCGUCCUAAUUAUUUAAAGGAGGUCUGUGGGCUGGUAAUUAGUACGAAUUUCAGUGCAGUGAAGAUCAAAUGGCUGAUGGAUAAUGUCGCGGGGGUCCGGGAAGCUAUUGAUAGUGUGCAGUGUCAUGUGGGGACUCUGGAUUCGUGGAUUCUGUGGAAUCUCACGGGAGGAGUGGAAUGUGGGGUUCACAUGACGGAUGUCACAAAUGCCUCGAGGACAAUGCUGAUGAAUUUGCAGACGAGGAAGUGGGACAAGUCCCUGUGUUCAUUCUUUCAGAUAAAUCCUCAUGUUCUGCCCCAAAUUCGAUCCUGCUCUGAGACUUAUGGGUUUAUUCAUCGGGGUCCGCUGCAGGGGAUCCCAAUAGCCGGGUGCAUUGGGGAUCAGCAGGCAGCUCUGCUGGGUCAGAUGUGCUUUCGUGCCGAACAGGCUCAGUGUACGUACGAUGAGGGCUGUUUCUUGCUCGUGAACACUGGCCAGGAGAUUAUUGACUCGGACAAUGGCCUUCUGAGUACAGUGGCAUUCCAAUUGGGUCCCACAGCGCCACCCUAUUAUGCCCUAGAAGGUGCUGUGGCCAAUUCUGGAUCGGCUGUGACGUGGCUCAGGGAAAAUCUGCUCCUGGAGACGGAAAUCAAUCAGAAUUCCCAAACUCUCGCCAAUUCUAUGAGUGAUUCGACUUUUUUCUCACCCAUUCAAUCAUCCUCGCCCUUUGGGACAACACCACUAGUCACUGCCGCCACUUCAACGCCCCCAAAUUCCCUCCUGCCCAUUGAUAGAGGCCCCUCAAACGCUGAAGUGAUCUUCAUUCCAGCCUUCAGUGGCAUCUACAGCCCCUACUGGCAGCACAAACCCAGAGGGAUGCUAAUAGGACUGACGAGCCACACGAGCUCCCGGCAAGUUGUCCAUUCUGCCUACGAAGCCACCUGCUUCCAGACACGCCAAAUUCUCGAUGCUCUCCGGAAGGACUGUCACACAUGGCGCCCUCUGGCGAAAUUAAUUGUCGGCGGAGAACUAAUGGAGACUCCCUUCCUGCCUCAAAUGCUCUCUGACUAUUGCAAUAUCGACGUGGAGAGACCACAGAUCUCCUCACCAGCCACCCUGGGAGCCAUGCUGGCCACAGGACUCGCCAUGGAUGUGCUGACCCUGGAGAAUACUCAAGCACUUCUAGCUCCUCCGGCUGAUGUCCACCAUCCGGCAAUGUGUCAAGCAGCCAGUGAUGCCAAGUACAAACGCUGGAGAAAAGCUGUCCGGAUGUGCAUAAAAAGUGGGACCGUGCUGACGGAUGAGGACAGUGAGGACGAGGAGAAGGACAUUGAUCCUCAUCGUAAUGUGACAAAUUCCAUUCCGGGCUCUCUCUUCAUCGUCUCAUCUUUUGCAUUGGUCAUCUUGGCGGAAAUUCUCAGGAUAUUCUAAAAGUAAGUCAUGUGCAUUUUAUCCCAAAAGAAAAAGUAUAUUCUUCUAGUCAAGACACUGAGAAAUCUCCGCGCACAAUCCAGUCUGGGCAUUUUUUCCCCUUGGAAUCCUAGCUUAAUUUGGUAGAAGGUUAAAAAAAUAUUAAAAUGACGAGAGCUAUCUAAGCAAUAGUAAACUUGUGGACUUGCGUGUAUAUUCCAAAUAUUUAUUAGUAUAAUAUAGUUCAAUCGGUAAAAUAAAAAGUGUAUCAAAACAUUUAAAAAAA